AUGAUCGUCGAUCAAAAAUUGUGCUUUAUAGAAGUCAUAGACACCGCCGGUCAAGAGGAGUAUUCGACCCUCCGCGAUCAAUGGGUUCGAGAGGGACAAGGAUUUGUCCUCGUCUACUCCAUCGCCUCGAGAGCCACAUUUGACCGCCUCGAGGUCUUUCGACAGAACAUGAUCCGCGUCAAGCGCACACAGCCCGUCUUUGUCCUCGUCGGCAACAAAUGCGACAAGACCUAUGAACGAGAAGUCUCGCGCGAAGAAGGUGCCGCCCUUGCCCGUCAUUUCGGCUGCGACUUUUUGGAGACAAGCGCAAAGACGGCUGCAAACGUGGACAGGCUCUUUACUGACCUCGUCCGUACGUUGCGGUACCACAAGGAGCUCAAUGAGAAUGGCGGCGCGCUCCCACCCCAAGGCGCAGGCCCUCACAGUGGCCAAGGUGCGCGUGUCAAAAAGCCGCCACGCAGCAAGUGUGUUAUCGUCUGA